UCUCUCUCUCUCUCUCUCUCUCUCCCCCCUCUUGCACACGUAUACACUCUCUCUCUUCUCUCUCUCUCUCUCUCUCUCUCUCGGAACAACGACAUGGGUAGCUGCUACAUAGCUUAUCGCGAUGUGGAUGAAGGAGAUGAAUACGCAAAGCUCAUUAGGAGGAUGAACCCACCCAGGGUUGUGAUUGACAAUGAUGCUUCUGAUAAUGCAACAGUAAUCAGGGUGGUUAGUUCCAACAUGCAUGGGACUCUUCUUGAAGUAGUCCAAGUGAUUACUGAUUUGAAUCUUAUCAUCACCAAAGCUUACAUUUCCUCAGAUUGUGGUUGGUUUAUGGAUGUGUUCAAUGUGACGGAUCAGGAAGGGAAUAAAAUUCGGGACAAAACAAUCAUUUCGCAAAUACAAGAGACACUGGAAUCAGAUUCUUACUUCUUCCCCGCAAUCUGUAACUCGGUCGGCGUGAUACCCUCGAAAGAACACACGUCGAUCGAGCUAACCGGCACCGACCGGCCCGGGCUAUUCUCCGACAUAACCGCCGUGCUCACCGAUCUCGACUGCAACGUGGUGAACGCCGAGGUGUGGACCCACAAUGCCAGGGUUGCGGCGGUGGUGCACGUGACCGAUAACCGCACCGCGGAGCCCAUCAAAGACCCUGCUAGGCUCUCCACAAUCAAAAGGCUCCUCAAAAACGUUCUCGAGGGGGACAGCGAAUCUGAAGCCGCGAAAACUUCGGUCUCGAUGGACUUGACCCACACUGAGAGGAGGCUGCAUCAGAUGAUGUUCGAUGACAGGGACUACGAGAGGGUUUGCGUGGCAGAUGAUGAUCAGAGCUCCUCCACUAGGCCUCAAGUGUUGGCACUGGAUUGCCCCGAGAGGGAUUAUACGGUGAUCAUACUGAACUCGAAGGAUCGACCGAAGCUGUUGUUCGACACGGUUUGUACUCUCACUGAUAUGAAGUAUGUCGUGUUCCACGGAACGGUCGGCACGACAAGUGAAGGAGCAUAUCAGGAAUACUAUAUCAGGCAUGUUGAUGGGCACCCGAUAAGUUCUGAGGCCGAAAGGCAGCGCGUGAUUCAGUGUCUUGAGGCGGCGAUCGAGCGGCGGACUUCAGAGGGAUUAGAACUAGAGCUGAGAACCGAGGAUCGGGUCGGGCUUCUUUCGGACAUCACCAGAAUAUUCAGAGAGAAUGGCCUCACCAUAAAAAGAGCUGAGAUAUCCACAGAAUCUGGCAAAGCAGUGGACACAUUCUACGUCUCUGAUAUGUCGGGGAGCCCGGUUGAGUCCAAGACGGUGGAGUCGAUUCGGACCCAGAUCGGCGAGACCGUCCUAAAAGUGAAGAAAAACUCUGCUUCACCCCCACGAUCACCCGAUGAAUCGACUAACGUGGGCUCUCUCUUCACCAGCUUCUUCAAGGGCCACUCGUUUCAGAUUUUUCGGCUGAUUCGAUCACACUUUUGAGGCCUUUGGAAUUAUAACAUGGCAUAGAUAAUAUGUAGAGAAUCAUUUUGUCAUUAUACAUUACAUUCAUUACCUGUGUACAUACAUAAAGAAAUAGGAUAGGGUAGGUGUCUUAUUACUAAAAGCUCUGGAGCUUCUCAAACUGUAAACAUAUGCUGCAGAUUGUGCAUUACUUGGUUAUCCAUUGAUGCCAUUUUGUUACUUUCAGAACUAUUGCAAUAAAUUCUACAUUAUACAGUAUGUUGA